CCAAGAUAUACUCUCGAGGAAAACAAAACCCAAAUCCACCUGUUUUCUUUUCCAUACCUUUCUGGAAUUCUUUUUCCAUUUCAUUUUCUUCUCAAAAUAAUUAAAAUAUUUCCUUUCCUUCCCUUCCAUUCCAUGCUUCUCUCUCUACUGCACAACGCCUCUCUCUCUCUCUCUCUCUUUCUUGGUCUCUUCUUCUUUCUCUUGAUUAUAUCUAUUUUUGUUUGCUAAACUUUGCUAUGACUCAUUCUUCUUUUUCUUCUUAGCUUUUUCUCUCUCACUCUCUCCAAUCUUUCUUCUUUUUCCAAAAUUUUUUAAUCUUAUUUUAUUCAAAAGCUAUAGCACAAGGUUUUCUUCUUAGAUAGAUAUUAUAGCUAGAGACUUUGCUCGCUUUCCAGAUUCUUUCCGGGGAAAGCCUAAAAAAAGAAAGAAAAAAAAAAAUAAAUCCUUAAGAUUGUGUUGAAGAAAAAGCCUUUGAACAAAACAAAAAAGGAUUGCAUAGUUUCUUUGCUUGUGAAUAUUGCACUUUAAUUCUCUUUCUUUCUUUCUUUCUUUUUUGCUUGCUUAAUUUUAUUUUAAUAAUAAAAAAGAAAAAAAGAAAAACUCUUAUCUUUGAUAUAUAUAUUUUGUAAUAAGCAUAUAUCAAAGGUAGUAGUAAAAGAAGAUGCCCUUGGAAGGGAUUUUCAUUGAAUCCACAUCAACACCACCUGAUCUUUCUCUUCACAUAAGUCCACCAACUACUUCUAAUUCUUCAUCUUCUUUGAUUUGUAACAACACAACUCAACUACUUAAUUAUGAACCUCAUAAUUCAUCCACAACUAACUUUGUCUCUUCAAGGACUAAUUUAUCUCAAGCUCAAGCUCAAGCUCACACUGAACUCUCUCUUGGAAGAAAUUUUAGUCAAGAACAACCACAAAGACCGCCUCAACAACAACAACAACAACAACCACAUAACCCUUAUUAUCAAAGCCAUUUUCCUCAUCUUCAAAAUCACCACAACUCAACAACACCAACAACUAGUACUACCACAAGUACUAGUUCAAUGAAUCACAUAAAUUAUGGUGUUUCAUUGCUUGAUAUGUCCUCAUCGUCAUCAGAAGGGUUAAGACCAAUCAAAGGGAUUCCAGUGUAUCACAACCGUUCUUUCCCUUUUUUACCCAUGGAACAUUCAAGAGACAAAGAUCAUCAACAACAUCCUAAGAUGUGUUUAUAUCACCAUAUGCCUAAUUCAACUCCGUCUCUUUCUUCAUCAUCUUCAUCUCUUUCCCCCUAUAUAGCAGGGGGAUUAGAUCCAAUGUCUUUUUUAAACUCUGGUGGCUCAGCAGCGGCUUAUCAUAGAGCCGCUGCUGCAGCCACAAGGUUUAAUGGGAUUUCAAGUAAACCUUUCAAAUCUCACAUUCCAUUGCACCAUCAUCACUCACACUAUGGAGUUGGAAUUGGACCCACAGAUUCAUCUUCAGGGUUAAUGAGAUCAAGAUUUUUGCCAAAGUUACCAACAAAGAGAAGCAUGAGAGCACCAAGAAUGAGAUGGACAAGCACCCUCCAUGCUCGAUUUGUUCAUGCUGUUGAGCUUCUCGGUGGCCAUGAAAGAGCAACGCCAAAGUCAGUUCUGGAACUCAUGGAUGUGAAGGAUCUCACAUUAGCUCAUGUAAAAAGCCAUUUGCAGAUGUAUCGAACUGUUAAGACAACUGACAAACCUGCAGCUUCUUCAGGCCUUUCAGAUGGAUCCGGAGAGGAUGAUGUGCCUCAAAUUGGAAGCAAUGGUGGAAAUCGUCAAUUUUCAGACCAAAGAGGCGUAACAGUACAACAAGAUAUGGAUUACUCUUCCAACAAUACUCUUUGGAGUAAUUCUUCAAGUAGUAGAGAACCAUGGCCACAAACAAAUUCUAAUGACAUAGAUGGUUUCAGACCAACCAUUUUUCAGUCACAACCAAUAGCAGGAGGGCAUCAAAUUCAGGAGUGUGAUUCAAAUCAACUCAAGAACAAUUUGUCAGGAUCUAAUUUAGAGUGUAAGAAUCCAAGCUUGGAGUUCACAUUAGGCAUACCAGAUUGGAAUGGCAAAGGACAAGCCUAAUUUCCAAUGGUUUUUGAUUUUAGUUGUCUCUCUCUAUUUUGCAUUCAUUUAAUUAUAAUCCACGAUGACAUAACUUAAUCAUGCAGAGGUGUAUUAGAUAUAUAUAAAUUGGUGUGAAGGAGAUCAAGAAGGAAAAAAAAAAAAAAUCCCUACAUAGUUCCACUAAGUUCCUUAAUUUCAGAAUUAAUGUUCUGAGUUUAUGAACAAUUUUGUUUAGCUUUUUCGGUUGUAUUUAUUUUUUACUUAUUGAUGAGGAGGAAGUUGAUGUAAAAGUAGAAGAACAAGGAAGAGAUAUAGAGAGGAGGGGAAGAAGUUAAUAGUAAACUUCUAUUUUGAUCAAAUUUGUUCUCAUUUUUCUCUUGCUA